AUGGAGCAAUGGGCUCAUGCACAGUUAGUUCGAGAAGUUGAUGUGGAGAAGGUGUCUGCAUUUGAGAAUCCAUAUGUAGAUGCAAUAAAGAGUUUAUGGAAUGAUCCUGGAAUCCAGGAAUGCUAUGACAGACGACGAGAAUAUCAGUUAUCUGACUCUACCAAAUACUAUCUUAAUGACUUGGACCGCGUUGCUGACCCUGCCUACCUGCCUACGCAGCAAGAUGUGCUCAGAGUUCGAGUCCCCACCACAGGGAUCAUCGAAUACCCCUUCGACUUACAAAGUGUCAUUUUCAGAAUGGUCGAUGUAGGGGGCCAGAGGUCAGAGAGAAGAAAAUGGAUACACUGCUUUGAAAACGUCACCUCUAUCAUGUUUCUAGUAGCGCUUAGUGAAUAUGAUCAAGUUCUCGUGGAGUCAGACAAUGAGAACCGGAUGGAGGAAAGCAAAGCACUCUUUAGAACAAUUAUCACAUAUCCCUGGUUCCAGAACUCCUCAGUUAUUCUGUUCUUAAACAAGAAAGAUCUUCUAGAGGAGAAAAUUAUGUAUUCCCACCUAGUUGACUACUUCCCGGAAUACGAUGGACCCCAGCGAGAUGCCCAGGCAGCUCGAGAAUUCAUCCUGAAGAUGUUCGUGGACCUGAACCCAGACAGUGACAAAAUCAUCUACUCACACUUCACAUGCGCCACAGACACCGAGAACAUCCGCUUUGUGUUCGCUGCUGUCAAGGACACCAUCCUCCAGUUGAACCUCAAGGAGUACAAUCUGGUCUAAUUGUGCCUCCUCGACGCCGCCCUUCCCUCCCCUGGUGGGCUAGUGAAGCUAAACAAGAGGGACUGUAUUUCUGUGGAAGCAAUUUGCAUAAUACUAAUUUAUUGCCGCCCUGGACUCUGUGAGCGUGUCCACAGAGUUUGUAGUAAAUAUUAUGAUUUUAUUUAAACUAUUCAGAGGAAAAACAGGAUGCUGAAGUACAGUCCCAGCACAUUUCCUCUCUUUUUUUUAGGCAAAAUCUUGUGACUCAAUGUAUUUUAAAUUCUCAGUCAUGCACUCACAAAAAUAAGAGCUGUUUCUUCCUCUCUCUCUCUCUCUUUCUUUUCUGUUAAGCAAAAUGAAGUUGAUUUUCCUUUUCCCAACCCAUCCCUUCCUCUUGAUUUUUCCCACAUUACAAUGGCCUUUAUCCUAGUUCCAUUCUUGGUCAAGUUUUCCUCUCAGAUGAUACAGUCAGGACAAUGUCAUUCAUUUAAGCCAUCGACUCGGCUGAAUUUAACAGUUUGUGGUUUUUGCUGAAGGAUCAUAAGUAUUAAUACUGUGGUUUUAAAUGUAUUGCUCUGGAUACACAUAUAGAGGUCUUUUUAUAUAAAUAUAUUGUCUUGCCUCACUUUGGGCUGGGACAGUGGAUGCCUGUUUAAUGGUUAAGUGUCUUGCUAUUUUUGGUUUUUUUUGAAGUUUAUCUUCAGCCAUAACUGGUUGCUCAGCAAACCAUAUAGAAGUCAGUAAAGCACGGGCCAAGACACACAGGAGUUCUUCCUUUUGAAAUAUCAUGUGCCAUUGUUCUUCCUCCAUUUCUUGCCAUUUUUUUCUCCACCCUCUUUUCUUCAAAUUGCAGAUGCCAAAAAAAUAUGCCAACAGACACUACAUUAUCCCAGUGGCUGCUGCCCAGAUCCUUCUUAUAGGUUGCUCUUAAUUUUUGUUUUCCCAAAAACUUUUCCCCCCCCUUUUUUUUUUUUUGCCUUAGUGUUUAUUCCACAAUUUUAAAAUGACUUUUAACUAUGGAUAUGUGUUGCCAAAGCUGGCUUUGAAAAAAAAAAUUAAUGAGAGCUUAAAAGAUAAAAGCCAGUACCUUAAAAUGUAAGAGAGUAAGACUGUGAAGCCUAAAAUGCUUGUGCUAAGAGUGAACCUGAAACAUCAGUUGCCAAACUGUUGGUCACUGUAAAUUUCAUUCUUACAGUCCAUCCUUUUCUUUGCCCUUAAAUCACAUUGUUUAGUGUCCACAUUCCAUGUUGAGUGUCUAAAUCAGCAAUGUGGAAAAGCUGUCUUGUGUGAUACCCCAUGAAAUCUGCUUUUAUCUUUUCAUUUGAAGCCAGUUUUACUCUCUUUGUGUUCUUUAAGGUCAAGUAGGUCUGCCAAAAACAUUGGUCAAUACUAUUACUCUGACACCUUUAAUUUGCAGACUCUGAAGUUACUGCUAGUUUACCAUCUUUGAGAUCUUAAACUGGUGACUGAUUGAGUUGAACUUAAGGAAGAUUUGUGGACUGAAACUCAAAAGUAACCUCUCUGUUCUAUAAAAUGUGUAUCUAUGUAACUGAACAUAGUAGGAGAGAGAUCUAGAAUUCUAUAUGUGCAAUUUUUCAACCAAUGCAAAAAACACAGCACAUGUAUUGAUGAUCUUCUGUCAAGCAGCUUGAAUUGAAAUAUAAUUUAAGAAAAUAAAUCAUGAUGGUUUAAACCUGCUGGGAAGGUAGAAUUAGGCCAUGAUCCUGGUCUAAUUUUACUACAAUACUAUUUGGCAGGAGUCUAUAAUCUUUUAUGUAAAUCACUGUUUUGGAACAACAAAGGAGAAAGAAAAUUAAUGGCUUAUCAGAUGAGUACCAGAGUUAUUCAAUAAUAAUGGAAUGUUCCCAUUCUUUACUCUGCCAGACUCAAAGUACACAGGUUACCUGGUUUUUCUCUCCUUAUUCAGAAAGCACCUGUAAUUUAAUUAAGAAACAGACUGCCUGUAGGUAUAGUGCAAUUAUGAAUGCUCUAAUCAUUGUACAUACAUCUCUCUCUUGAUAUUGUAUCAUCCAUACUGGCUUUGUAAUCAUUAAUUUUUUGGCAGAUUGAAUGUGCUGUAUUGAUAUGUAUCUAUGUAAUUGUAUUGUAUGUCUCAUAGCUAAUUCACAUUUUGAAUAAUGUUAUUUUAUUUACUUUUUUAAGAGAGGAGAAUGUAAAUUUGUCAGUUUAUUUCUGACUAGGGAUUUUUUUUUCCAUUUAGAAAAGAAAAAAAAAAAAACCUUACUAUCGAACAGAGCGGUACUAGCAUCGUGCUAUAUAAAAUCAUUUGCACAUUCCUAAGUAGAGGUAUACUGAUUAUAAGACCCAAAGGUAAUUUCAUAAGCAAAAUACAUAAAAUCAGUUGGAGCUUUUAUACAAACAUGGAAACCAACUUUGUAGAACUUUUGCCAUUUGACCUAGGAUUGGAAUAUGAACUUUUAUACAAUUCAUAUUCUUAUUUGGCAAAUGCACAGUUUAGUAUUACCUCUCUGAUGGCCUUUAUUAGAAAGGCAGUUUUAGAAGCUAUUGUGAUCCACUAAGGAAAUGUUUUAAUAGCUAGCGACCACUGCUUGCCUGAAAGGGCGAUCUUAAAUUUGGUGCAGCAAAAAACAAAACAAAAAAAAGAAAAAAAAAGGAAAAAAAAAAGUAUAAACAACAUUUGAAGGCCUACAGUGUGUAUAGCGAAAACCUCAUCACAAGAUCAUAAGUGUUACAGUUUUAGGGAAUCAGGAUAUUCUAUUUAAUAGAGCUAUAGUAGAUGUAGUCAAUUAAACCUGAUCUCAGAGCUCCAAGAAGCUGAGCAAAACAGGGAAAGAUUGUUAUAUUUGUCUUCAUGAAAUUGGGAUGGAAUUGCUAUGCAGAAUUGAGGUUUGUGGUUUCACUGUUCAUUUUAGGGUGCAUGAUAAGAUCCCUUUUCUUCAGAAGGGAAAAAAUUGAUCACCCUAGUUACAGUGAUACAUAGAAACCGAAUUGUAUCCACACUAGUCAAUUGAAGCUAAAGGAUUUUCUUUUUUGUUUCUUUGGGGUUUUACUGAGGGGCUGGGGUGGGAAGGGAUUCUUUUCAGUUUUGUAUAAAAAUGAAGUUUACUCAUGCUUUGUAUUAUUGUGAUUGCAAGCGUUCCGAGCGUGUGCCGCUGGACCCCUCUUGAUGCUCUCGGUAACGGAGGCCUGUGGCAAGUUGCGUGGUGACUUGGGCAUGUCUUAUUCAGAAACAAAAACACAGAAACCUUUCUUCCGCAGACCAAGGCAAGCAGCCGUCUCAUGACUCACUUAACACAUUGCAGUGUACUAGUUUACAGAUGAUUUUGCCCUUUUUGCGUGACAUGGCAGUUCCAACCCACAGAGAAUCCCUUGUUUGUAAAUUGGAGGUUUGUACUAUGCCUUACAGAGCUUAAAUUCAGAAGUCUGUGCCUCAUAUCUGAAACAAAGGGAAAUAACACACCCAUUCAAAAGUAAAUAACUCCCCUCAAAGUGUUUGUUUUUCGAUCCAUUUUCAUAUAAAGAGCUCUGUUGAAUGUCAUGAAUAGAGUGGGGGAGAAAAUAUUCUAGAAACCUGCAUAUGUUGUUUACUAGCAGAUGACAUCUACAAAAGGUAUUUGAAGAACACCGAAACUUGUAAUUUUUUGUAGAUUAGCUAGCAGGUCUAAUAUUUAAAAAGGUAAUUCAGCUAAAGGACAAUUUACUUUUUGUACUUCAGACUAUCUUGAUUGUCAAGGUGUACGAACUGUAAUUUUAAAAUUUAUACUGCCACAUGAUUGUAAAUUUUAGUUGUCUUAAGUUAGUAAUGGGUGAAAAGCUAUUUAUGCUGGAUAUGGGUCAAAAAUGACUAUUAUUUGCAAAAAAAUAUAUAAAAAUAAUGGGAAGAAAGGGCUGCAUAAUGAGAUACUGCAAGACUCAGAUACUGGUUGGAAAUAAUCUUCAAGUUACCCUCAAUUUCCCUUUGUUUUCAGUUUCUCAAAAAGAAUGAAUGAAAUGAAAUAUAGCAGAAUGUUAACCCAUAUAAAAAUAAAGUGUACCCAAAUAUUGUAACGUAUAUUGCUGCUCUUCUUAAAAUUAAAUAAGGGUUUAAAACCACUUAAUUGGUAAUUGACAACAUCUCAAUUGACAGAUAAGUUGUGCUUGGUAUACAUAUUUUCUUCCAAAGAUUUUUCUUUGGUUAGAAACACACAAAAAUUAAAACUAGUAAUAUUGUAUGUUUAUCUAUCUCUACAUAUUUCCAGCAUAUGUAGCAUUAAUAGAUCUGUCCUGGUAACUAUGUCUUUGGGAUUUCAUUUUGAUUCCAUCACUUUAGGAAAAGAAAUGGCUUAGUUGUAUACGAUUAGCUAGAGAUUUUUGGAGCCAGGCACCUGCUUCGUAGAUACUUAGUAUAAAGUUGCCAUUUGUUUUUCUCACAGAAUAACAAUUUCUUGCUGUCUCAACUACCAAUGCUCUUCAGUAACCCUCUUGCCUCUAGAAUCAUCUGUUCAAAGUAUGCAUACACACCUAGCACAUAGUAGGUGCUCAAGUAUUAAUUUUCUUCUUACCUCCCUUAUCAUGUAACCUCCAUUUCCCUGUAUGAUUCCAACCCAAUAGUAAACAACAUUUACACGUUAUGAAAACAUCUAUGGGUAAAAUUGGAUCUGACUUGGAUGAAGGAAUUCUAACUUCCAUAUAAGCUUUGGUAGACAGAAAAAAAAAAAAACAGGGAGGAAGAUAUUCUUCAGUAGAACAUUUUUAAAUUUAGAAAAGAAAGAUGGAAAAUUACUAUGUAACUUUGUUCAGGUUACUUUGACUGAAACACAUGUUUUUGGUGGAUUUCUUUUCCUCAAAGAACUCUAAAUGCAACUUGCUGGAUUCCUCACCUGUCAUCAUGUUGGAAACCCUUCCUAGACUUAUGUAUUUAGGGAGUUUUGUCAGAAAACAUUUUUAACUUGCAGUAUUUAAAAGAAUCAUAUUUACUGUUCUUAAAAUGUCAUUCAAAUGCAUGUAUUGUCUAUUGUUUGGGGAUGGGAACUAGUUUUGCAAAAAAAAAAAAACACCUAAUGUUGUAUAAUAAUGCCCCAAUGAUCUUGCUGGUUAAAAAUACAGUAUUUUUGGCCAUAA